ACGUACGAUUCAUGCAUGGUCAAUAUUGAACAGGAUGUUACAGAGUAUGAAAGCGUCGGGGACACAUCCUACGAGCAAAGAUAAUGCUUUAUGAUAAACCCAACUCGUUUUCAUUGUCUUUUCCUAGAGCUUAGGGUUUCCCUCCUUGUGCACAGAUUGUGCAAUAAUUUGUCUACACCCAUGAAAUUAUCAGAAUAGAGUACACCCAGUGACAGUGAGCCUAUAAGUACUCUCAAACCGAGGGAAAACCUGAUAGUCGGAUCAGGUGCUCGAUCGUGAUGAAGGUGGAACAAAUUCGAUUAACGAUUUUGGCAUUUUUUAUUGCCACGUCGGUUUCUUUCGCUGUGAAGGUGUACGAUGAAAAAAUUGAAUUUCCUCGAGAAUCCGAAGCAUCGAUUGCCAACGCCACAUACGCUGACGAAUUCACUAACAAUGCGGAAACUUUGUUAUUCAGACGGCUUCCGCGCAAUAUGGCCGUCCGGAAGGAAACUCGUGUAGAUUUUGGAAGAGACGCUGUAAUUCGAAAAAUCGAUCCGGAUCCUGCGGAAUUCAAAAUUGAAGAUGUUAACAAUCGUACAUUCUCGGCCAGGAUGUUGGCCGAGGAACUCGAGGAUGGCCAGGCAUCAAAAUCGGAGGAUCUCGCCAGACUCACUGGUACCAAUGUUAUUCGGACUAGAACUUUAUUCGUGGAUGUUAAUCCUGCUACUAGUCUCAUAGUCAAACCUGGUACUUUGGCUAGAAUUAUCUUCGAUGUUACCAAUAGUCAUAGUUUGACCGUAAGACACUAUUUUCAAGCAAGGAGUUCAACCUUCAGUGUAGCUAAUCUUCAACCACGAGCAACAUGGAUCAAUUCUGGACAAACUACCAGUGUCGCUAUGGACGUUAUAAUUCCUGCAACAACAUCCGAUAGCACAGUCGAUACUGUUACACUAAGCGUGCAGGGUAUUGAAACCGUUGAGAAAUCCGCCUAUAUCUAUGUAACCAGCUCGACCUCGGUUGCGAUAACAGACACUACAAAACCAAGCAUUAGUUAUUCCUUUAAUGACAAUUGUUCUGGCAAAUUAGAUAGUGACAAAUGCUCGAAAAGUCGAUGGAGCGUAGAAGUUACAGCCACGGAUUCAGGAACAGGUUUACAACGUGUCACUUCUCUGCCUUCUGGUAUUUAUCCGAUAACAACUUUUGUGAGUGGAACAAAAUCUUCUGUUACCUUUUAUUAUACAGCUACUUGCUGUUAUACAACCGUACAAGUGACGGCUAGUGAUUUAUUAGGUAAUUCCAACGCACAAACAAUAGACGUUACUGUUUGGACUAAUUUGACACAAGGAGAAAUAGCAGCGAUUGUGCUGGGAAUUUUGAUAUUGUUGCUAUUGAUCAUUUUAGUAGUGCUGAUCGUUAUUUAUUUCAUUCGGAAGAGAAAGAGUCUCGAUCUCCCAUACACCCAACGUUAUGGCUCCAGGACAGCUCCAAAACCCGAAAGAACGAGCUUUUAGAAAUGAUACUUAUUAAUAAUCUCGUCUAUAUUUCAAAAGUAAAGGAUGAUACCAAGUAGAUACAAAAAGCAAUGGUUGUCGUUACCUACUAAAUCAGGAUUCAGCAAAACAGAAAACGAUAAGGAACCGGUAUAGCGUAACUAUCUCUUCGACCAAUGUUUAAGAUUACUUGCCUUGAUACCACUUCUUUCUCAUACUAUGAUAAUCUAUAUACAUUCUGUGUUUGCCAAUGAAAUAAGUCAUGAAAAUCGUAAUGAUCGUUCAAGCUCGAAAAUAAAGCUCAAUUUUCGAUGAACGUUAUAUACAAUAUACAUAUAUAGGCAUUAGGAGAUAUUAAAAGUGUAGACGCAAGCACAGAAACUUGUAUACAAAAAUUUAUUUUAUAAUGAAAAAAUUAUAUAACUAGUUAAAUACUAAAUAACUAAUUUGCCCAUGUUAUUAAAACAACCAAUGAGAUAACGUGCUAUUAAAUUACAUAUUGUAUAUAAAAAAUAAUUGUAUUUAGAUGCGUGUUGUUCAACCUAAGCAAUCCUACGAUACCGGCCGAGUCUGCACGCAGCAAGUAGAUAACCGUGGGGUCUGUUUUGGAUGUAACGAAAAUAAAGAGCUGCGAGGACAUUCCAGUUUUACGAAUGCCAUAACACGUGAAAGAAGUUCGUCGUCAUAUCAGAAUACAAGUAGGAAAUAAAGAUUAUUUGAUGAAU